GAGCCGAAGGAAAUCAAGUGGGGCGAGUCUGGCGCCGCCUACGUGUGCGAGUCCACAGGCAUUUUCACCACCAAGGAGAAAGCUGAGCUGCAUUUGCAGGGGGGCGCGAAGAAGGUGAUUAUCUCGGCACCGCCCAAGGAUGACGUUCCCAUGUAUGUGGUGGGCGUGAACCACACUGAGUACAAAACGACGGACACUGUCGUUUCCAAUGCCUCCUGCACAACUAACUGCCUCGCUCCUCUGACCAAAGUCGUGCAUGAAAAGUUUGGCAUCAUCGAGGGCCUGAUGACCACCGUCCACGCCAUGACGGCAACGCAGUUGACUGUGGAUGGCCCUUCCCGCGGCGGGAAGGACUGGCGUGGUGGCCGCUGCGCCUCGCAGAACAUCAUCCCGUCCGCCACCGGCGCUGCCAAGGCUGUCGGCAAGGUGAUCCCAGCCAUGAACAAGAAGCUUACCGGCAUGGCCUUCCGAGUGCCAACCCCGAACGUGUCAGUGGUGGAUCUGACCGUCCGCCUGGAGAAGCCAGCCAAAUACGAGGAGAUCGUGGCGGCGAUCAAGGAUGCAGCCAACGGCCCCAUGAAGGGCGUCCUCGACUGGACAGACGAGGAAGUCGUGUCCACGGACUUCGUGACCUGCAAGGCUUCCUCUAUCUUCGACGUGGCUGCCGGAAUCUCGCUCAACGACAAUUUCGUGAAGCUUGUGAGCUGGUAUGACAACGAGUGGGGAUAUUCCAACCGUCUUGUGGAGCUGGCCGUGCACAUGGCCAAGGUGGUCAAGGCAGACCUGCUUGCUGAAGUCCCUGCAGGCUAUGAGGAGCAGUUUGAGGGCCUACAGCUCGUUGCUCGCGCGCAGCUCGCAAAGAUGAUGAGGUAUUACCCUUGGAUCCUCUACUUCUUCUGCAGUUGGCUGCCCGAGGCAGCAUGGGAGCUUCGAAUGAUUUGCGUUCGUUCGAAGCCUUGCCGAACCUAUUUGUCGCAGAGGAAGGCUUGGAUGUGGUGGAUUCAGGAUGGCCUGUGGCCGUUUGCUCUGGUGGAUAAUGGGGACAUGCAGUGGCGUGACUUUCGCAGUUCGCUGCCACUUCUGUUGCCUGCAGCACUGGGAACAGUGAUGAUCAGACGUUGCCUUGCAGCCCAGAUGCCCGGAAUCGGUGGCGGGUACAGUGCGCGCAUUCUGGUGCGCGCCUGUAUGGGGGUAUUCUUCGUGCUUGUGUUGCAUGGAGUGGGCUGCAUCUUCGUGCUUGCACAUGCGUGGGUAUUCUAUGCCUUGGCACGACUCCUGGCAGGCAAGCAAAUGUUUGUUCCAAUGGUCUGGGCAGCAGCACUAACGUACAUCGUUCUCACAGACCGGAACAUUUUGCCUGAAGAGUCCAUGCACUUCCGCACUUGGCUGGGUCCCAGUGCAGCGUUCUUAGAUGCAGAGCCCUUCAGCGGCAUCUACCAUUGGUCACACUCUCUCAAGCUGAUGCUGCUCCGCUCCAUGAGCUUUGUGCUGGAUUGGCAUCGGGCUUUAAUCUCAGGAACAGCGCCUGAGGGCAGAUAUUGUUUUCUCAACUCGCUGGCGCACCUCCUCUAUUUGCCGACCUUUCUGGCAGGUCCUGUUUUGACUUUCGACGACUUCAUCGACCAGUGCCAGGUUCCGAAGACCCUGGGAAGCAGCGUGCUCUGGUCCUUGCUGCAGCUGCUUGUGGCUUUGGCCAUGACGGAGUCUGCCUGGCAUCUCUAUUUUGUCUUUGCCAUGGCCAGGGUAGACUUGCUGCAGGAGAUGUCGCCGCGGCUGGUUGCCACGGCCGUGUUCAUCACUUUGAACAUGAUGUGGCUGAAAUUCCUUUGCAUGUGGAGGUUUGGUCGAGUUUGGGCCAUGGCAGAUGGCAUCGAAGUGCCAGAAAACAUGCGGCGUUCCAUGUGCAACAACUUCUCACUUCUGGGCUUUUGGCGGAGCUGGCAUGCGUCCUUCAACCGCUGGCUUGUGAGAUAUCUGUAUGUGCCAUUGGGCGGCUCACACCGGAAGCUUGUGGCAUCAACAGCGACUUUCCUUUUUGUCGCGGCGUGGCACGACCUUCAGUUGAAGCUCAUCGCCUGGGGCCUGUUCAAUGUGGUCUUCCUCUGGCUGGAGGGUGUUGCAGUGGCAGCGUUCCCUGCCGUUGCCUGGCCGCGACCUGUGCUGGGCCUGGCAGGUAGCACCUACAUCGUGGUCCUGAUGGCGGUCAACUUGAUCGGGUACUCCACCGGCCUGCACGGCUUUGCAGCGCUGCUGCCGGCCACAGCGCAGUGGCGGGAGGCACUUUGGGUGAUUGCUGGCGCUUAUGUGACCUUCUUCUGUGGCAUUCAGGUAAUGCUGGAGGUCCGGAAGCUGGAUGGGACGACCGGAAAGGGAAAGGAGGCAUUAUCGGGCCCCAAGAGUGAUUGA